AUGAUUUUCGGGCAAGUAGUUAUCGGACCGCCUGGCUCUGGUAAAACUACGUACUGCAAGGCCAUGCAAGAAUUCAUGAAAGGUUUAGGCAGAAAUGUGGAGAUUAUCAACAUGGAUCCAGGAAAUGACAGUUUGCCAUACAAAUGUAUAGUAGAUGUUUCCGAUUUAAUAACAGUGAAUGAUGCAAUGAGUUACAUGAAGCUGGGUCCAAAUGGAGGGCUAGUUUAUUGUAUGGAAUAUCUUGAAAAAAAUAUAGAUUGGCUGAUUGAUCAAAUAAAGCAUUUACCAGACAAGCAUUUUGUGCUAUUUGAUUGCCCUGGACAGAUAGAGUUUUACACUCACCAUCAAUCAAUAAACAACAUUUUCCAAACUCUGACGAAGAGCAAAAGAAUUUCAUUAUGUGCCGUUUAUUUGGUGGACUCUCAUUAUUGCACUGACCCUUGUCAGUUCAUCUCUGUGUUGAUAGCUUCAUUGGGAGCCAUGCUAAGAAUUGAAUUACCACACAUUAAUGUUCUAUCAAAGGUUGAUAUAAUUGAAAAACAGGCUUCUUUACUUUUCAAUUUGGAUUUUUUCACAGAAGUCCUCGAUUUAAAAAAGCUGCUGGAUUACGUACCUAGUGAUCCAUUCAUAGCAAAAUACAAAAAAUUAAAUAACUGUUUAGCUGGUAUGAUUGAGGACUAUAGCCUGGUAUCAUUCUUAGCCCUACAUGUUGAAGACAGAUACAGCAUGCUUCGUGUGAUGAAAGCAGCAGACAAGGCGUGUGGUUAUUUGUUUGGCAGUGAAGAUGAACGUACCAUUGACAAAUUGUUUUCACAUGCUAUGGCCGCUGAAUUUGAUUAUGAAAAAAUUGCGUCGCUUCAAGAAAAAUAUGUUUGUAAUUCCACGAAACCAAUAUCUGAGGAUGACUUGUAG